GUAACCCUAAUUCCAAUAUACAGAGUUUCCUCAUCGUCUCCAAAACUCCAUCUCUGCCGUCUUCAGAGCUCGACGGAGACAUAGCGAGAUUACGACGAUGGCGGAAACCAAAGAGAACUAUGACCUGACACCACGAGUAGCUCCCAACCUAGACAGACACCUUGUGUUCCCCAUACUCGAGUUCCUCCAAGAGCGUCAGCUUUACCCCGAUGAGCAGAUCCUCAAGUUCAAGAUCGAGCUUUUGAACAAGACCAACAUGGUUGAUUACGCUAUGGACAUCCACAAGAGUCUCUACCACACCGAAGACGCUCCUCAAGAUAUGGUGGAGAGGAGAGCUGAGGUUGUGGCGAGGCUCAAGUCUCUGGAGGAGGCUGCUGCACCGCUCGUGACGUUCCUUUUGAACCCUGCUGCUGUUCAGGAGCUUAGGGCUGAUAAGCAGUAUAAUCUCCAGAUGCUGAAGGAACGUUACCAGAUUGGUCCGGACCAGAUUGAGGCGUUGUAUCAGUACGCCAAGUUUCAGUUUGAGUGUGGUAACUAUUCUGGUGCUGCUGAUUACCUUUACCAGUACAGGACCCUUUGCUCUAACCUUGAGAGAAGUUUGAGCGCCUUGUGGGGAAAGCUUGCAUCUGAGAUAUUGAUGCAGAACUGGGACAUUGCAUUUGAAGAGCUUAACCGUGUUAAAGAUAUUAUUGACUCAAAGAGUUUUGCAUCGCCGUUAAACCAGGUGCAGAACAGGAUUUGGUUGAUGCAUUGGGGUCUCUAUAUCUUCUUUAACCAUGACAACGGAAGGACACAGAUCAUUGAUCUUUUUAACCAAGACAAGUAUCUGAAUGCCAUACAAACUAGUGCUCCACACUUGCUGCGUUACUUGGCAACUGCUUUCAUUGUCAACAAAAGGAAAAGGCCUCAACUGAAAGAGUUCAUUAAGGUCAUUCAGCAAGAGCACUACUCCUACAAAGAUCCUAUUGUCGAGUUCUUGGCAUGUGUGUUUGUCAAUUAUGACUUCGAUGGGGCUCAAAAGAAGAUGAAAGAGUGUGAAGAGGUCAUUGUGAACGAUCCAUUCCUUGGAAAGCGAGUAGAGAAUGGGAACUUUUCAACUGUUCCAUUGAGAGAUGAGUUUCUAGAAAAUGCCCGCCUCUUUAUCUUCGAAACCUAUUGCAGAAUUCAUCAGCGAAUAGACAUGGGGGUGCUUGCUGAGAAAUUGAAUCUGAACUAUGAGGAGGCAGAGAGAUGGAUUGUAAACCUUAUCCGCACCUCAAAGCUUGAUGCCAAGAUUGAUUCCGAGUCAGGAACCGUAAUCAUGGAGCCUACUCAGCCCAACGUGCAUGAGCAGUUGAUUAACCACACCAAAGCCUUGUCAGGACGGACUUACAAGUUAGUGACUCAGCUCUUAGAACACACACAAGGACAAGCAGCUCGUUAAUCAUAAUUUUGCUGUCGACUCUAUCCUUAGAACCCUUCCUUGAUAAUCAUCAUUUUGUUUUGUCUGCAAUCAAUUGUUUUUGACCUUUGAAUCAUGCCUACACAGAUGUUCAUCUUUGCAAAAGUUCUAUUUAAUGUUGGAUUCAGAUUUUUUCCUAAUUUUGUUAGCCAGAUUAGCCCUUUGUUUAAUCUACUGAAGGUUAUUUUACAA